GGCGGGCAUUGCGCCGGAGCGCGGGAGCGGUGGCGGGAUCGAGCUGAGGGGAUGGGAAUCCAUGGCCUGGCCAAGCUUAUUGCCGAUGUGGCUCCUGGCGCCAUCCGGGAGAAUGACAUCAAGUCUUACUUUGGCCGGAAGGUCGCUAUAGAUGCUUCCAUGAGCAUCUACCAGUUCCUGAUCGCCGUGCGGCAGGGAGCUGAAGUCCUUCAGAACGAGGAGGGCGAGACCACAAGCCACCUGAUGGGCAUGUUCUACCGGACCAUCCGCAUGGUGGAGAACGGCAUCAAGCCAGUUUACGUCUUUGACGGCAAGCCCCCGCAGCUGAAAUCGGGGGAGCUGGCAAAGCGGACUGAGCGCCGGGCUGAGGCCGAGAAACACCUGCAGGAGGCUCAGGAGGCUGGAGAGGAGACCAACAUUGAGAAAUACAGCAAGAGGCUGGUCAAGGUGACCCAGCAGCACACCGAUGAGUGCAAGAAGUUACUAACACUGAUGGGCAUCCCCUAUGUGGAGGCGCCGGGGGAGGCUGAAGCCAGCUGUGCUACCUUGGUGAAGGCUGGGAAGGUCUACGCAGCUGCCACAGAAGAUAUGGAUUGCCUGACCUUCGGCAGUCCCGUCCUGAUGCGGCACCUUACUGCCAGCGAGACAAAGAAGCUGCCCAUCCAGGAGUUUCACCUGAAUCGUAUUCUGCAGGAUCUAGACCUGACCUGGGAGCAGUUUGUGGAUCUGUGUAUCCUCCUGGGCUGUGACUACUGCGAGAGCAUCCGUGGCAUUGGGCCCAAGCGUGCUGUUGAGCUCAUCAAGGAGCACAAAACCAUUGAGAAGAUCAUUCAGCAGAUAGACACCAAGAAGUACCCUCUGCCUGAGAACUGGUUGCACAAAGAGGCCCAGAAGCUUUUUCUAGAGCCUGAUGUGGUCAACCCCGACUCUGUUGAGCUGAAGUGGACCGAGCCGAAUGAAGAGCAGCUCGUCCAGUUCAUGUGCGGGGAGAAGCAGUUCAAUGAGGAGCGGAUCCGCAACGGGGUCAAGAGGCUGAGCAAAAGCCGGCAGGGCAGCACGCAGGGCCGGCUGGACGACUUCUUCAAGGUGACGGGCUCUAUCACGUCAGCCAAGCGCAAAGAGCCAGAGACCAAGGGGUCAGCAAAGAAGAAAGCCAAGACCAACAACGCCGCAGCCGCAAAGACCAAAAAGGGAAAAUAGCCACACUGUCCCACCAUAAACCCCUGUGAUGGGGUUUUGUGCUCAACCAGGAAUUUUAGGCUAAUAACAAACGGUUGUCUUUGUCCUGCGUGUUAGUGCUAGGAAGGAUGCUGCUAAAGUGCUUCCCAACAAGGCUAGGUUAGUGAAUCGAAUAAGCGUCUUCCUGCACAGCAGUAGUAACAUAUGAGGCUAGGAGAGAGCUGAAACCACCGCAGCAUGGGGGGGUUGGAGGGGUGAGGAACCAGGGAGUUGUAUUCAGCAGCAGCGUUCAUUGGUUUGAGACUUUUGAUGAGGAGACAACGGGAGGUGAUACCCAGGCUGUGGAGUUAAAGGGAGGCACUGAUCACAAACACCCUCUCUGAUUUAAGAAAUAAAAAGUUGAACAGCUAGUGACUGAGAACUGGGUACAAAUAAUAAAGAGAGAUUUCUGCCUGACACAAUCCAUCCAAAAAGAGGGAGCUGCAAGCAGCAGAGGCUGAAGGAAAAUCUGGGGAGAUGUGAAUGGACGG